CGCCGAGCGCGCGCCACACACACUCAACACUGACAGGACAGCGGCACGUGUGGAGCACACGACAACGCACGACUUGGACCAGACUCUUUCUGAACACAGCACAAGGGGACGCGCGACUGACACACGACAACGUACGACGAUUCGCGACUCGGUGAAGACAGGCCCACGACAGCCUAAGGAGGGACACGACAAUCGGAUCAAGCCAGAGAACCAAUCGCAGAAGUAAAAUGAUGCAGAAGACACCCCUACUUUUCGUACUGGUGGCAGCCCUGCUGGUGGUGCAGGAGACACAGGGCGCCGCACUGGGGAAGGGUCCACUCAGAAGAAGGAGACAGACGGAGGUUUCCAUGACGCAGGGGAAGAGCCGGGGCCGAGUGGAGCAGGCCCGCCUGGUGUGGCUACACUCGCUACUGGACGCCUUGGCGACUGCUGAAGACGACCCUCUCGUGGAGUUGCUGUUUCCGGAAGAAGAACCCGAGGAGUCAGCCGGAAGUGACGACGUAGAUCGGCGGCGAGAGAAGAAAGACGCUCGUCACUUCCGGCCUGGCGGUUUCCCUGGUUACCGGUCAGUGCACAGCAAGCGGAACCUGAGCGAGUACAUCAUGAAGAGCGACGAGCAGCGUUUGAAAAGGCAGGCCCUACUCGCUGCUCUGCUCGGAUUGGUGGACGAGGCGCUCCUUAACCCGGAUGCAGCAGGGAAUGCCGGGAGUGACGGGGUCGUUGGGCCCAACGCCUACGAAACAUACAUGGCACAGAAUCAGGCAGAGCAAUGAUAGGACCACGGCCAGUCUUGAUGACGUAGGGUAUUAGCACACGUGACUAUGGCGCAAGCGUUGUCCGCCAUUUUGGAUGGUUAAACCCGGAAGUAAUCAGGUAGAUUGGAGUGUAAUGUUUAGAGUAACGUUAUUAUUUUAAAUUACACACAAGCAAAUUUGUGUGUUUGACACUUCCGGGUUGAACUAACCAACAUGGCGGCCGUGACGUCACCACCAAACACGAAAUUGCUCAAGAAUUACUGGUAGUGAUUUAAUAAGGACAACGGUCUUCUUAACGUGACGUAAGCACCGAUUUACGACGACAAAACAAUUCCAUGUUUGACUGUUAGUGAGAAACACAAGAGUGCACAAGACCUGAGACCGACUGACUAAAUCUGUACGUCCUCUAUUGGUAGAGAUAUCAACAAUUAAAGUAACUAAUCCAUCGGAAUCCUUAUAUUCGCAUGACAUUUUAUUUGUGACGGUUAUCAACAUUGUAACGAUUUCCAUGCUAUAUCCGCACACAAAGAAAAAAAAACAUUCUCCAACAAUUUUUCGGUCAGUGACCUGACCCUUCUCAAGUUGCAAUGACCCAAAGCUUACGCUACGUACCCAUGGAACGGAAGUGACGUCAGCAUAUGGGUCAAAGGUGACUGGUAGUCUUGAUUUGUCCUUUCAACUUGAGAAGGGUCAGAGUCUUGCCCUGAGACUUUGUGUUCGGAUGGAGCGUUUUCAAUCUUCUUUAUAUAGACCAUAUUAGAGCUUCUUCAUUUGAAUAUCGGAUUACAUGACGUCAUUCAGAGUUAGUCUAUAUUCAUAAUGUCAUUGAAAGUUCGCCGCCUUGUCUUCGCAUAUUUUAUAGCAUAUUUAUUACUUAUUUCAUAACAUCUAAUAUUUAUUUAUUUGUUAGUAAAAGUGCCUCUGUCUUUCUGCACCAUUGUUUAGCAGUAUUACUGGAGCAUCCCCAUGCUGGUAUAAUGCAGUAUUACUGGAGCAUCCCCACGCUGGUAUAAUGAAUGUAUAACCGAUAGUCUACUGCCGUGGUGAGCGGUUUUAUACCGACGUCAUCCACAUACUGUACGUCGGUACGACUCAAACCUCCGUUUGUAACGGGGGGGAUCACGUGAGAACAGAUUAGAUAUCAGAGGAACCCACAAUAAAUAUGGAGGAUUGUGAA